UCACAGGUGAUCUCUGUGUUCUUGUGUAGCCGUGGUUUACAGGUAGCAAGUGCAGACAGCAACCAGUCCCUCCUCGCUGGGAUGUGGAGAUCUAUCUGGAGUCACAAUUAAAGGCUCCCGAGUGCAUUCCACUGCAGGUGACGAAACCCAGCUCCCAGAAUAACAAGCAGGACAACUUUUAAAGUGACGGUUGUUGACCAGUGUCUUCUGUGCCUUUGCUUGGCAAGCUCAUGGUGGACUUUUCUAAAGGACGGUGUGGAUUUUUCUGAAUUGUUCUCGGGGAGGACGGACCCCUCCUGAAGGUGGGACAGAUGCCAUAGGAUACAACAGGGUGUCUGUGCGUGUCCCUCCCGUCGGUGUGACUCUGCCAAGACUCUGGGAGGCUGUCCUGAUUGACAGGGAGAAAAUGCUGAAACUAGUGGCCACAGAUGUCUUUAAUUCCAAAAACCUGGCCGUUCAGGCACAAAAGAAGAUCUUGGGUAAAAUGGUAUCCAAGUCCAUCGCUACCACCUUAAUCGAUGACACGAGCAGCGAAGUGCUGGAUGAGCUGUACCGGGUGACCAGGGAGUACACCCAGAACAAGAAGGAGGCCGAGAAGAUCAUCAAAAACCUCAUCAAAACCGUCCUCAAGCUGGCCAUUCUGUACAGGAAUAACCAGUUCAAUCAGGAUGAGCUCGCGCUGAUGGAGAAGUUCAAGAAGAAAGUCCAUCAGCUUGCCAUGACCGUGGUCAGUUUCCAUCAGGUGGACUACACCUUUGACCGGAACGUGCUGUCCAGGCUGCUGAACGAAUGCAGGGAGUUGCUGCACCAGAUCAUUCAGCGCCACCUCACCGCCAAGUCACACGGACGGAUUAAUAAUGUCUUUGAUCACUUCUCAGAUUGUGAUUUCCUGGCUGCCUUGUAUAAUCCCUUUGGGAAUUUCAAACCCCACUUAAAAAAACUUUGUGAUGGCGUCAACAAAAUGUUGGAUGAAGAGAACAUAUGAGCAUGUGAAUUAAGAUGGUGACUGCUCCUGAUUUACCUGAAGGUGGAGCCCUAUUGAUUUAUGAAGGAAAGAGGUGCCUUUUGAAGAGUUAACAUAUUUCAGGAAGACUUUGCCCAAGCCAAGUGUCAAACGUUGAUGAUAGUGUUUUGUGAAGCUUGUUUUAGUUGAAGAAAAAACAUAUUGCCAAAUGUUGUUAAAUGCUUCUAAGGGUUAACAGAACCUGGGAAAGAUGUGUUAUGCAAACGCAAAUAUCGAGUUACACAGAGAAAAAUAUGCAUGGCUCCGAAUCUUGAGACAUCUUUUUUUAGGACGGUUGUUGUGUUGGCAGCACAUUGGCUAUUUCUAACAUGUACAGAGUUAUGUUUUGAUUCACUUGUAUUCCUUACUAUGUACAUAUACCUCUUUUUAAAAGCCAAAAAAUUUCCCUUGCUUUCAUUCCUCCAUUUGAAACCAUUCCAUUUUCAACUCUACCUUUGUUGAUGAUUCUUUUGCUAAAUAUUUUUGUCAUUGACAUUCAAGAAUUGUCUUUAUUAAGACAUUAAAGAAUUAAGGUAGUCAAAUUGGAACCCUCAGAGAAAUAGAAAACUGCUUCUCUAUUGUAGAAAACAACUGUAUUCGAGGUUAUUAAUAAUGUUUAAUAUCAGAUAUGCUUCUGUAGGUGAGUCCUGCUUUUUAAUACCAACCGUGACACUUCCCCAAACGUGAUAAUUUCCCAGAACGUUGCCUUGAAAAGCUUGUUGAGGGCUUAACUUCCAUGUUACCUUGAAAAUGUGCUGAUGGCAUCUCCAUUUUUAAUAUUCAUUUCAAAUGUAAGAGACAAAGAAAAAUCUAGAUUGUUCUUGAUAUUAGGGCAAUGAAAAGUACAUGGUAUUAAGAAAAUCAAAACAAUCUUUCUUUUAGAGAUGAGCCCAUCAAAAUAAUUUAGGGGAAUGAGAGGCAAAAGGGAAGAGAGGAUGUUACUACAGACCAUGAGAAUGAAAAUGAAUGCAUUUCAAUGUUUAGUAAGGCUUGGUAGAUAAAUAAAGAAUGCCACUUUUUUAUUUAACUGAAAA